AGCCAAUAACGGUUUGAAAUGGCUAAGUUUUUACUGCAACAGUUAUUUUUUGUGCUGGUUGGUCAUUCAUUGAUUUCUGGGGCCCCGGUGGCGGACACUGUGUUUCUGACAAGCCAGAGCGCACACGACGUACUCCAGCGUCACAAACGCCACAACACCGGGCUGCUGGAGGAGAUACUGGAGGGAAACCUGGAGAGAGAGUGUAUAGAAGAGAAGUGUGAUCUGGAGGAGGCCAGAGAGAUCUUCGAAAACGACGAGAAAACGAUGGAGUUCUGGUCUCUCUAUAUAGAUGGUAACCAGUGUGCAUCUAGUCCAUGUCUGAACCAGGGUACAUGUAACGACCACAUUGGCUUCUACACCUGCCUGUGUGAGACUGGCUUUACUGGAACGAAUUGUGAGAUAGUUGUAGCCAGAAGAUGUGAUGUAAACAAUGGGCAUUGCAUGCACUUCUGUGAGUCUACGGGUUCCUUUGGGGCCAGAUGUUCCUGUGCACUGGGUUAUACACUGCUGGAGAAUGGGAAGGAUUGUGCACCAGAAGAUGAAUUCCCAUGUGGUAGAACAGUCUUUCUAGAUUUAAUAAAGAUUGUCAAAAGGUCCUUGUCCAAAGACAAUAUCACCACAAUGACAGCAGCUCCUUCUCUGGACACAAACACAUCUACUUAUCCAGUUAUAAAACUGCCCCACUGGGUGUUCAACAAUACAUUGACCCCAACUGAAGAACCAAGGAAAGCUAUCAAACGCAUUGUAGGAGGGCAACUAGUCUCCAAAGGGGAGAUCCCUUGGCAGGCUGCUCUGAUAGCUCAUCCAAGUGGCCGCUUAUUCUGUGGAGGGUCUAUUCUAAGCAGAUGGUGGGUUAUCACUGCUGCUCACUGCAUAGUCGAGGCUCCUCACGACUCCUUUAUUAUUCGAGUGGGGGAGCAUGACCUCUCCAUCAAAGAAGGCACAGAGCAGGAUCAUGAAGUGUUGAAACGCUACAUACAUCCACGCUAUAACACCAGUGUGAGCCUGUACGAUCAUGACAUUGCCCUGUUAUAUCUAAAGACCCAAAUCUCCUUCUCUUCCACUGUGAGGCCCAUCUGUGUGGGGCCCCGCUCCUUCACAGAGGCUUUGGUGAAGAGGACCUCUCCAGCUACAGUCAGUGGCUGGGGCCGAACGCGCUUCUUGGGCUCUAUGUCUAGAGCCCUGCAGCAAGUGGAGGUACCUUUCACUGACCGUAUCCAUUGCAAAGAGACGAGCAGUGCCAGGAUCACUCCCUCCAUGUUCUGUGCGGGUUACUUCAGUGAGGCUAAAGAUGCCUGUCAGGGGGACAGUGGGGGUCCUCAUGCCAACUUGCACCGGGACACAUGGUUCCUGACAGGCAUCGUGAGCUGGGGGGAGGAGUGUGCCAAAAAGGGCAAGUACGGGGUUUACACCAGAGUGUCAUUCUACUACAGCUGGAUCAAGUAUGUGAUGGGAAUCACCAAACACACACUGGAAUCUGAUGUGGAUGACCACUUUGACAAUGUUACUGAGACAGCAUAA